AAUUCCGUAUUUACUGAUAUAAUAAAACAAUACAAAUAUGGACAGCAAAGGCCGAAGUGUAAUUGUAUGUGACAAUGGCACCGGAUUUGUUAAAUGCGGUUAUGCCGGGGGUAAUUUUCCAGCUUACAUUUUCCCUUCUUUAAUUGGACGACCUAUUAUAAGGGCUGACAGUAAAAUUGGCGAUAUCGAAAUCAAAGAUUUAAUGAUAGGUGAUGAAGCUUCUGCACAGAGAUCUUGUUUAGAAGUAAGCUACCCCAUGGAAAACGGGGUAGUCCGAAAUUGGGAUGAUAUGUGUCAUGUUUGGGACUACACUUUUGGCAAACAGAAGAUGAAUUUAGAUCCGAGUAAUACAAAAAUUUUGUUAACAGAACCACCAAUGAAUCCAUUGAAAAAUCGUGAGAAAAUGAUUGAAGUAAUGUUUGAGAAAUAUGGUUUUGAUUCAGCAUACAUUGCAAUACAAGCAGUUUUAACACUUUAUGCACAAGGACUGCUUAGUGGAGUGGUAGUCGAUUCAGGUGAUGGUGUAACUCAUAUAUGUCCAGUAUACGAAGAAUUUGCUUUGCCGCACUUAACAAGAAGAUUAGACAUAGCAGGACGUGAUAUUACUAGGUAUUUAAUAAAAUUAUUACUUUUACGAGGAUAUGCAUUUAACCAUUCAGCAGACUUUGAAACCAUAAGAAUGGUAAAAGAAAAACUUUGUUAUAUUGGUUAUGAUAUAGAGCAAGAACAAAAACUUGCUUUAGAAACCACAGUGCUUGUCGAACCCUAUGUUUUGCCAGAUGGAAGAAUUAUUAAAGUAGGAGGUGAAAGAUUUGAAGCACCUGAAGCUUUAUUUCAACCUCAUUUAAUAAAUAUUGAAGGCCAAGGAAUAGCUGAACUGGUUUUCAAUACAAUACAAUCAGCUGAAAUAGAUAUGAGAACUGAAUUAUACAAGCAUAUAGUCUUAUCGGGGGGUUCUACAAUGUUUCCAGGUUUACCAAGUCGCUUGGAAAGGGAGAUCAAACAAUUAUACUUAGAAAGAGUAUUAAAGAAUGAUAUUGAUAAGUUAGCCAAAUUUAAAAUUCGUAUUGAAGAUCCACCAAGACGAAAGGAUAUGGUGUUUAUAGGAGGUGCAGUUUUAGCAGAAGUGAUGAAAGACCGAGAUAGUUUUUGGAUGUCUCGACAAGAGUAUAAUGAUCAAGGUUUAAGAGUAUUGAGCAAACUAGGAGCCAGAACAGCAUAG